AUGAUUAAAAGCGAGGAUGUAAUGGAUUCAAACGGUCAUUCCGGCACUCACAAUGGCUUGCACCACCACCACCACUCCGCCGCACAUUUACCUCAGCACAGCAGCAUUUAUCGCAAUCUGCCGUCGAAUAUCUUGUCUGCAUCGAAUUUCGCCCCCUUAACAUACAGCGAUCAAACGUCCAUGAUGCGCAUGCCGCCGCAGGAGUCACCCGAAUUGCAGGACGAGAAGCCCGACCUCAACUAUCUCGAUCGCAAAUAUUACGCCACCAUGAUGGCUCAACCGCCCGUGCAUGUCUCGGAGGCCGCCGCCACAUAUGGACUGACGUCAAUGCACACCAUAUGUGCCUCCUCGCCGCAUACAACAAACGAUAACGACAUUGGCAUGCUAAUGCCGAUUUCGCCCAAUUCGUCGCCCCACAAUGAAGGUGUCGUCGUCAAAUCGCCGUCGGAAGGUGAGCUGCAACAACAUUAUGCGGCUACACAAAAUCGCAUCAUUUCCGCGAAAAUUGCGGAAGCAAGCUCUUCUGAUCAUUUGUCACAGUCCUUGCAACGCAUACAAAAUGUCGGUGGUAUGCCAUCAGUGUCCAGCGGGUCGGGUGUUAUAACCAGUUCGCAUAGCGUUUCUGGCCAAUUAUGUGCCACAACCGAAACGAUGUCCUAUUCGAAUAGUUCCUCGCCGGCGAAGUCGGUGCAUAGCCACCAAAGUGAAGGUGGUGGUACAACGACGCCUGGUGGUGGUGGUGGUGGUGGUGGUGGUCAACAGCAUCAGCAACAACAACAGCAGUCAACUGCAUCAUCAACGCAGGAAUUGACGCCGCCAGAUACGACGAAAAAAUCAGGCACAAGGCGCCCUGAGAAACCUGCAUUGAGUUAUAUUAAUAUGAUCGCGAUGGCGAUCAAAGAAUCACCAACGGGAAAGCUGACGCUUAGUGAAAUCUAUAGCUUUCUGCAGAAAAGAUUCGAGUUUUUUCGCGGUCCAUAUGUGGGUUGGAAAAACUCGGUGCGUCACAAUCUCAGCCUAAAUGAGUGCUUUAAAAAGCUGCCGAAGGGCAUGAGUGUCGGCAAACCCGGCAAAGGCAAUUACUGGACCAUCGAACAAAAUUCAGCUUACAUGUUUGAAGAUGAGGCCAGUUUACGCAGACGACCGCGCGGCUAUCGAUCCAAGCUAAAAGUGAAACCCUAUCCAAGCACAAAUGGUUUUUACGCAACUGCUUCCUACGAUCCAGGCAUGGACAACGGCAACUUCUACGCCACGCAAGCAUAUGGCUCUUAUGAAUACACUACUAGCAGCGCUGCCGGCGCUACGCCCUACACGGACGCAUGGAAUUCACACGCUGCUCACGCGCAGACCACGCUGCCGCAGUAUUCUAAUAUAGCCGCCGCCUCUUCCAUGCUGCAUAGCAGUAAUAACAACGGCACUCCACCACUGGCGCACACACUGACUUCAGCUGCGUUGGUGAGUGGUGGCUCGGGUAGCCCUUCGCAUGUUACUUCAUCGGCGGCGGCGCUUCAAAGCUCAAAUGCCGGCCUAGAUUACGCGACAGCCACUAUGGUGGCCGCCAAUUAUCCAUACGCAAGUACGGCGGGUGGCGGUGGGGUUGUAGGAGGAGGCGCUGGCGCCGCUUACAGCCUUGAUAACGGCUUGCGCUCAAUGACUCUCUCGCACAUGCACCAACAUCAACAUGCACAACAACAACAGCAUCAUUCAGCGAUGACGCCGCCACCGCCACCACUACCGCCGAGCUCCACAUCUAUGGGUAGUUCCACGCUUAUCGAUCGAAAGCCCAUAUUCUUGCCUUCAAUGACGACACCACCCUCGACUGGCACGAUGUCUACGCCGCCGCUGCACCACCAACAUUUGGUUGGCGUUAACAAUGGUGGUGGUGGUGGGAGUGGCGGCUACUAUGAGCAUAUAAAGUUUUCAAAUUAA